GUUAAUGUCUUAACAUCUUCUUUCCUAGGAGUGGGCAUCACAAUGGUCAUGAUCUCAACAUUUGUGACUAUCUACUACAACGUUAUCAUUGCUUAUUCACUCUACUACUUAUUUGCCUCAUUUCAAAAAGUGCUGCCAUGGUCAGACUGCUUUUCCUGGGCAGAUGAAUUCUGCAGCAAGACACGAAUAGUAAGCGACUGCAACGCAACCUUGCAUGGGGAAAUCAUUCAUGCAAACUACACAUUCAUCACGAGCAACAAUCUCACGUGUUUAAAUGGCACCAUGAACUACAAGCCAGUGCAAUUUCCCAGUGAGCAAUACUGGAACAAGGUGACCCUGCAGCGCUCGAGUGGGCUGGACGAGACCGGCAGGAUCGUGUGGUACCUGGCGCUCUGCCUCCUCCUCUCCUGGAUUAUUGUUGCAGCUGCCCUGUUUAAAGGAAUAAAAUCUUCUGGAAAGGUUGUCUACUUUACUGCACUCUUCCCAUAUGUCAUCCUGCUCAUCUUGCUGGUGCGAGGUGCCACCCUGGAAGGUGCUUUGGACGGCAUCGAAUACUACAUUGGGAGCCAGUCCAACAUCACCAAGCUGAUGGAGGCAGAGGUUUGGAAAGAUGCAGCCACACAGAUAUUUUACUCCCUGUCUGUAGCAUGGGGUGGGCUUGUUGCUUUGUCUUCAUACAACAGGUUCCACAACAACUGCUACUCAGAUGCCAUAAUAGUUUGUGUGACCAACUGUGUCACCAGCAUAUUUGCUGGGUUUGCAAUAUUCUCCAUCCUGGGACACAUGGCAUUUGUGUCCGAGAGACCCGUCUCAGAGGUUGUGGACUCAGGCUUUGAGCUGGCCUUUGUAGCCUACCCAGAGGCUCUCUCCAAGUUACCAGUUUCUCCUCUGUGGUCCUUUUUGUUUUUCUUCAUGCUCCUGCUCUUGGGCCUUGACUCCCAGUUUGCCACCAUAGAAACACUUACAACCACCAUUCAAGAUAUAUCUCCCAGAGUGAUGAGAAAAUUAAGACUGCCUGUAACCCUAGGUCUGUGUGCACUGCUCUUUUUACUUGGGCUUAUCUGUGUUACUCAGGCAGGAAUUUAUUGGGUUAACCUAAUAGAUCACUUCUGUGCUGGAUGGGGAAUCCUUAUUUCAGCUGUCCUGGAGAUAAUAGGCAUCGUCUACAUUUAUGGAGGAAACAGGUUCAUUGAAGACAUUGAAAUGAUGAUUGGAAAGAAGAGCCGUUUUUUCUGGCUGUGGUGGAGAAUAUGCUGGUUUUGCAUCACUCCUAUGCUGUUAAUGGCUAUUUUGAUCUGGUCUUUGGCCACAUUUUCAAGUCCCACUUAUGGCUCAGUGUUAUACCCAGCCUGGGGAACUGCUGUUGGCUGGUGCAUGAUCAUCUUCUGUGUCAUCUGGAUUCCUAUUGUUGCUAUUGUAAAAAUAUUUAAAGCUGAAGGAAACCUUGUUCAGCGCCUUGUCAGCUGCUGCCGGCCUGCCGCGAACUGGGGCCCCUACCUGGAACGCCACCGAGGGGAACGGUACAGCCACAUUGUGGAUCCCAAGAAGAAAAAGGAGCAUGAAAUUCCCACUGUGUCUGCCUUUGUAUACAAGCAACAAUGAGACAGCUGUUUGGAUGACUGUUUUUUAGCAUAUAUGUGGGUUUUGUCUUUUAAUGUUGGAAAGGGACUAGGCAAAAACAAAAGAAAAAAAAAAAA